AUGACCCUGAUAGAACGCUUAGAGAAAGAGAAGCCAAAGCCACAGCAGAAGACGAAGCGAGUGAUUAACAAACUUUGUGAGGUUUGCGGGAACUUUGAUUCAGAGUCGGCAUCGUCCUUCUUCAACUGCACCGAGUGCACGCUAGCUUUGUGCAUGGCAUGUAGUAAGAAGCAUAAGCACCACUGCAUUGCAGACAUAUCAAGCAGAACCCACGUCGCCGAGAUGGAUCUGGAGAAUAAUGAUGAUCCAGAUGGGACGAUCUUUUGUGAGAAACAUAGAAGGGAGAAAAAACAGUUCUUCUGUACGUUUUGUCUCAUUCCGGUCUGUCAGGUGUGUUCUAUCAAUGACCAUCGUCUUCAGGAUAACCAUAAAUGUGUCAAGGUUGAAGAUAUGGUCCCGAUGUUGCGCGAGGAAAUACAAUCACGAAUGUCAAGACUGGCUCAAGUGGGCGAACAGUGUGCAGCCACUAUUCCCAUGAUUGAGAAAGCCGAAAACCUGGCCAAGAAACAGAAAGAUGUCCUUGAUAAGCAGAUUGAAGACGAUUUUGAUGAAUACACCCAUUGUGUGAAGGUUAAAAAUGAAAAAUUCUUCGAAUUACGGAAUCAAACACUUAGUCAAUGGCAGAAGAUAAUAGAAGAUCGGACCAAAAUCAUAAAGACAAUUCAGUUGAAGGCGGACGAGACACUAGACAAGAGUGAGAACUACAUUCUAAUUGUUACCUCAUACCAAAAUCUUCUGAUAUCCCUUGACAGCCUUCUCUCGAAAGCGCCAGAGAAAUACAUCCGCAAAACGAUCAAGAAAGUCAUGGAGGAAAGACAGCUUCAUUUCACAUUGACGGACAACGAGUCUCCAAUUGAAGCUAAUGUGUUCAUUAACCGUGGGGUUUGUGAUAGAAAGAGCAUCGACAUAGGCCUGGGAGGCGGAGGAUACCUGGAGGCUGUGACAUUUACUCGUGAUGGGAGAGUAGCUAUUUUAGCGUCACUCGAAGGACCCUGCACGUCUGCAACCAAAAUUGAGUUCCAUAGGCACUUAGGUAAGCGAUAUACUGAAUACCGAAAUAAGCUGUAUGAACAUCAUAGGUAUUUAGCCAUCCUACAAACUACAGCUUCCUCAAAAAUGGCUACUCAAUUUGGCAUAGAGACAAGAAUUGAGGACUCCACUACGUCUUCAUCGGCUUUUGCAUCGCUCUCAGACCUAAGGUUCGUGUUGGAUAAGGAUGAAGACCUUCCUGACAUACAAGCCCAUGGUGAUGUAUACCAUGUCAGGGAAUUACCUGGACGCAUAUCGUACAUGGCUACGGACCUUAAAGAUAACAUUUACUGCAGCGUUCCAAGCUACAAAAUGAUAUAUGUCGUACGUAGCGAUGGACCCCAGACCAAAUCGAUUCCCAUAGGCAACCUUGCGCCACAGCGCAUUGCAGUUUCUCCACGGAGUCCGAACCAGAUCAUAUUCACCCACGAUUCAACGAAGAUCUCAGUCGUUGACUGGAGUGGAAAGCUUCUCAAGACCAUCACCCGUCCUGAAUGGAAAGAAGUUGCCAUCGGAUGCGACAACAACAAUAUACUCUAUGUCCUCUGGAAGAACGAAGCAAAGUUGAUAACUUUGCAAAGGUUCUAUUUGAAUGGAGACCUGUUGGAUACACUCUUUAAAAGAGAAACGCGCAGUUGUAACCAACUUCUCCUAGCGGUAUCACCAAGUGGAACUGCAGCUGUUGUUAUCGGCGAGGGCAGUUACCGCAAGGUGACGCUGAUUUCGACUAUGCGUGAAUUCACUGGCGAAGAAACUUCCUUGCCUUGA